UUCCGGCCGGACGUGCGCGCGAGGAACCGGCUCCGGGGUUCCAGGGCCCAUCCCGGGAAGAUGGGGAAAGUUCGGGGGCUGCGGGCCCGUGUGCACCAAGCCGCCGUGAGGCCCAGGACCGAGCCCGCGCCACCCGUUCCUGAGACGGCCCUUCCGCCGGCCCCGGCGGGCGGAGCGCAUGCGAAGGACUUGGGGUUCCUUCAUGCCAACAUCUUCUCCGGGACCCAGAUAGAUCCGAGCGCCCUGGUGCAGAGGCUGGAGCUGGAUGCGAGGAGUGUGGUCUCUCUUGGGAGAGGUGCUGAGGCAAAGACCAUUUUGCCCAAGAAGGAGAAAUUAAGGCAGCGGCGGGAGCGAUGGUUGCAGAAAAUCGAAGCCAUCAAGCUGGCUGAGCAGAAGCGCAAGGAGGAGCAGAAACGCAGGGCCACAGCGGUGGUAGGCGACCUGCACCCGUUGCGGGACGCCCUGCCCAUACUGGAGGAACUGGAGGCCUGGCGCCCACUGCUGCCCAGGGGGGUGAGCAGUAAGCCCCGGCCAACCCAGCUCAGCCGCAUGAGUGCAGUCCAAAGACAGCAGCUCCUUGAGGAAGAAAGAACCCGGUUCCGGGAGCUGUUGGCCAACCCGACCUACAGAGCUAGCCCUCUGCUGGCCAUUGGACAGCAGCUGACCCUUCAGAUGCAGCUGGAAGGCACCGGCCAGCUGUGACCAGGAGGUGGUGCCACAUACUCUGAGGGUCCCAGGCAGAGGUGCAGGGAGGCUGUGCAUGGUGAUCCCCUCCCGCAGGGCCUUCCGCUCAUCUGGCUGGAGUACAGCCACCAUGUGGUCUGUGCAGCUGUCACGACAAUUCUGCUGCCGCUCAGGGUACCUGCAUCUCAGGGUGGAGCUGGGCACAGCUGAGUAGUGCUUUGGCAGGGGCCCUCAGGUCUGGCUUCCCCACCAAGUACAAGCUCCCAGCUUGCCUCAAAGGGAUCCUGAUGGCACAGGAGCCUGGGCUGCCUGCCUGGCUCUUGGGGUCCCACCUGGUACCUAUGUGCUGCCUCCUGCUGUCCCCCUGUCCAUACCACCUUCACCAGGGCUGUGGUUUCCUUGUGGCCCGCUCAGUCAGGCUGCUCUCCGCCCCAGAAGACGGUCUUGUGCUCGUUACCAGCCACUGGGACUUGUGAGUGGCAUCCCCUGCUGCAGCCCCGCACUCUGCUGCUCCCACCCCUGUGUGCAGCACCCGAUGCCCUAUGGCUGCAGGGAGCCCCAAGAGGGGCCAGGCACUGGCACCUGCUGCUCUCCAGCCCCAAGUCUAUCACUGAGGCCUCCUUUCCUGGGUGAGCAGCAGGACCUGCAGACACGACACAGACUCCCUAGAGGCACCUGGCCCUGCAGUGGGCAGCAGAUCGCAAUCGGUGGAUCCAGCCAAGCACACAGAGCAGCGGGUUCCCAGGGGGGAGAUAUCGGUGACACCUGUUUCUACGGGAGGCACAGGACAGAGCCUUGGCUGUGUGGCCUGGUAGGUGGCAGGCAGCUUGGUCCUCAGUGACCUGUGAGCUGUCCCCCACUGCUGGUCCUAGGUGACGUGGGCCUGCCUGGCUGGCUUUGCCUCCAGUCACCGUCCCUUACCUCUUCCUGAGCACUGGGACCUUCCCUGCAGGGUCCCUGAGGAGGCAGCAAAGCAACAGCUGGGGUGUGGGAUGGCCUUGGAGGGUGGGGAGGCCCUGCAGGGGAUGAGAGCUGGGGACUGGCAGUCCAGGUCCUGGUCUCCUUUCAUCUGAGCGGCUGUGGCUGUGGCUGUGGCUGUGGUGGCCACCCUCGCCUGAAUGCCUGCUGCUGAGGUCACUCGGGAGCAGACACCCACGCUCUCCAGACAAAGCACACAGCCCCAAGCAGCAGGCUGUGAGUGGAUGACAGGGACCUGGCUGUUCCUGAGUCCUCUGUCUUUAUGGCAUGAGCCUACAUUACUUUGUAAUAAACUUAAGUGGAAAAGUUA